AUGACAGAAACGCAUGUGCGGUCACAGGAUGUCAGAAGGCUGAGGCGCCAUCGUCGAGCAGUCGACCCAAAUGACUGGGAUGAGGACGACGCUAACCCAGACAUGGAGCCGGGAGGCGGAUCACGGCAAAGCGCAAAGGCCAGUUUUCUUGCCAAGGUCCAUUCGGCUCUCAUCGGCUACAACUCCGAUAGCCAGCUGCUGCAGUUCGUCUACGACCUGUGGCUGUUCACGACCCUGGGCGGUGCCAAGAACUCCGCCUGGCGAACCUAUCACAUGGUACUGGUAGACCUCCAGAAGCAGAUCGGAUGGCCGAGUCUUUUCAUUACGGUGGCACCUUAUGAGUGGUCUUUCCCAUACCAUCGCUGGCUGGAGGACGAACUUCUCAAAAGCUUGAAGUCGCGGCUGCGCAUGCCCGUCUCCGAGACCUUGCAUCUUGCCCACGUGCUCACCGAGGCGGUGAAGGGAUUGCUCGCAGGCGCCAACAAGAAAAAUGGCCGACCUGCGAAGGAGCAUCUGUUUGGCCAGGGAUCUGGCAAGGUGCGCUGUUGGGUGGUCAGGCUCGAAUUCCAGGAUGGGAAGCGAAAAAGAGGUGUUUAUCGUGAUGCGCACUUCUACCACGGGCGUGGCACAGUGCACAUCCACAUCUUGCUUUGGCUUGACACUGAGAAGCUACAGCACAUGGACCUGGCAUCCACAAUCCGCGCAGAUCUCCCCGGCGAAGCGGAUGCAGAGAUGCGAGACCUCGUACUGGGUUCGCAGCUUGACUGGACUUCAAGCGGCUGGCCGCAUCGCGAGGCCCCAACCCAGGUAACACCUUCUGGGACGAUUCAGCUGCAUCAUCCAAAGGACGCCUUCAACCAGAACUGCCGCGCCUACUUGCCGGACGUGCUUGCGGCCCUCCGUUGCCAUGUGGAUGUUCUGGCCUCAGAUGGACGCGCCAUGGUGCUGAAGUACUGCGCCAGCCCCUCGUCGCACAAUAGCUCUGCAAGUGCUGCGCUGCGCCAAUGCAAUCCCUGA